AUGAAGAACUAUUACAUUGGUAGCAAGAGGAUGGAUCUCCAUCCCCUGUGGUCGUUCGUGGGCCUAGUUCUGGCCUCGGCUAUCAGCUCUAUCGUCGUCAGCAUCUGGAUUGUCAACCGUCUCCGGAAGGAAGCUCUACCCUCUACUCAGUCGUCACCCCAGUGUGUUCCUGAGUCUCGUACUUCAGCUUCCCAGCCUGCACCGCGUGAUCGCCCACACGUCAAGGAGCCGCCCGUGUUCACCGGAGAUCCCACCACGUUUCGGGAAUGGGCAUUUGCCGUCGAGUUGGCCUUGGCUUCGUGGCGCUUCGCGGAUCCUAAACGUGAAGCUGAGUUUGCAGCCAGUUAUAUCGCUGGAAAUCCGCGUCUGUGGUUGAUGACUUCCCUGGAAGCCGGCGCUGCAUACCCAGACUGGUCGUCCUUGAAGAAGGCAUUAGAGGCGGCUUACGGUGUGAAGUACGACCAAGAGAGAGCUCGGUGGAGUUUGUUCUCCCUCUCCCAGCGCGGCGCCUUAGGAGACUACAUCGCAGAAUUCUCGCGGCUCAGUUUUUUAAUCACUGACCUGGAUGGCCACUCUCGCGCAGUACUAUUUGUCAGGGGCCUGGCCCCGGAGCUCAGGCGUGAAGUCAUGAAGGAGCAUCCUACAACCCUGCAGAAGGCGACAGAAGCAGCGCUCGCCGUAUCGCAAGUGAUGCCCUUCAUUACGGUACGACAGCAGCAGGGGAACCUGGUACGUCGUCCACUGUCGGUUCCUGGUCCCCGUUCCAAUCGCGAGGAAACGGAACGACGAUGCUACAUAUGCCACCGACCUGGUCAUCUGGCACGUCAAUGCGACUCGAACCCAAACGCUGGACGCCAGUAA